AUGUCAUCAAACUCAUUAGGAAUGGAACACUUCAUGAGGGAAAUCGGACAGUGUUAUGAAGCAACUAAAGCAAUUUCCAAGCAUAAAACAUCCAGUACCAUAAAACCACCUAAACCUGCCUGCCCCGAGGUACUGACACUCCCAUCUGUUGCUGCGGAGUUGUUCUUGGAGGGGUUUCCCUUGGAGCUGAUGGAUGGAGACGUUGGCUGUAUUCCCAUUGACUGGGUGACCGACGUGCUUAAGGCAGUGAGGACUAGGCUUGGCCGAGACCCCCGCGUGUUCGUCCUGACCGUGCUGGGGGUGCAGAGCACAGGCAAGUCCACGCUUCUCAACACCAUGUUUGGGCUGCAGUUCGCAGUGAGCAGUGGCCGCUGCACACGCGGCGCUUUCAUGCAGCUCGUCAGCGUUGACGAUGAGCUGAGACGAGAACUGGCGUGUGACUUCAUCCUGGUGAUUGACACAGAAGGGCUGAAAGCUCCUCAGCUGGCAACACUUCACGACAACCACGAGCACGACAAUGAGCUGGCCACGGUGUUCGUUGGUUUGAGCGAUGUCACGCUCAUUAACCUGGCAACGGAAAAUGCCGAAGACAUGAAGGACGUUCUGCAAAUCGUCGUCCACGCUUUUUUGAGAAUGAAAGCAGUGGGCAAGAAACCGAGUUGCCAGUUUGUGCAUCAGAAUUCGGGCGAUGUCGCUGCCUCCGACAAGAACAUCAUGGAGAACGAACACCUCAUCGAUCAAUUGAAUGCCAUGACGGUGGCAGCUGCAAGAAUGGAGCACAAGGAGUCCACUUACAGUAAAUUCACCGACGUCAUGGAGCACGACGUGAGUCGGGACAACUGGUACAUUCCCGGCCUCUGGCAUGGAACCCCUCCAAUGGCUGCAGUCAGUGCUGCGUACAGCGAUCAGGUUUUUCAACUCAAGCAGCACCUGAUAGACCAUUUUAAAAAGAGAGCAGAAACACAGGGAGCUUCAACGCUGUCAGAGUUCAGCGCUUGGAUCGGAAGCAUCUGGGAAGCAGUGACAAAGGAGCACUUCAUAUUCAGUUUCAGGAACAGCUUGGUUGCCGAUGCGUAUUACAAACUGUGUGUUCAAUAUACAGACUGGGAGUGGGAAUAUCGGAAGGAAAUUCUUUCUUGGACGCAGGAGAUGGAGAAUAGAAUAAUGAACGUGAAACACGAGAAGCUUCAGGAAAUUCUUCAACAGUUGGAGCUUGAAUUAGGGAAUGAGAUUUCAAAAGGAAAAGUCGCUAUACAGAACAAAUUAAAAAGCUACUUUGAAAACAAAAGCAAUGAUGUGCAUUUAGUUGAGAAAUACAAAGAGGACUUCAACAUCAGCGCCAAUCACCUAUGCAGCAAAUCACACGAUGAAACCCUGAACAUAUUCAAACAAUUAGUCUGCAGGAGACAGUCUCGACACUCCAUAGAUGAGCUUGAAUCAAAAAGAAAAAAGAUCAUUGGAUUGGAAGUUCAUUCCCUUCUUCAGCGUUGCAAGAACGAGGACAUACAAUUAAACGAACAACAGCUCAAGAAAGAGUUUGACAACAUGUGGACAGAGGUGGUUAAAUUCCUCCCAGAAAUUAAAUUGACCCGCCACAACGUUUACAGAGAUGUGCAGAAAGCGCUGAUUGACAGUAAAAUAGAAUAUCAGCUGCUUGUAAGUGAAGCAUUGCGGGAAACUUCACAGGACGACAAAUAUCGCGACAAAAUUGUAAACGAAUGUCGACAAGGGCCAGAAACACCUGUCAAAUCGGCUGGACGUAGAAAUAAACCAACCCAAGAGGAUGACUCAGGUGUGAACCAGUCGAAGGAACGUUCUCGCUCGAUAAUCACAAACAUGAGCCGGUAUAUUGAGGACAAAAUAAAACAUUACGAUUAUUGCUCCGCCUAUUGUGACGAACUUCUGCAACAAGUAAGGGUCGCAUUUAAAGAGGCUGAAAAUCUGAACAUUAUGAUCAGCAAAGACUUAGUAAUAGAUACCACUGUGAUUGUAUGUCACAUCGCCAUAAAAACAUGGCAAGAUAAACAUGACAUUAACAAUGAAGUCAAUGAUCCUAAAAAUAAAUUGAAGCAAGUUGAGGAGUCAUAUUUUGUUAUUUUCAAGGAACUCUAUCGUCAAGGGGAUGAAAAUAUGGAACAUGCAAAGACCUUUUGUAACGAGUGCUUGAAGCCGUCUCUACUUGAGGCUGUCGACAACAAAUUGGGGAUGGAUAUUGCGAAGAACGUGAAGAGCGAUAGCGGUAGCCCUACGUUUUUGAGCCGGAAAAACCUUCAACUGGCAAUGCUACUGCAUUUGUUGGAUGAAGACGACUUUGAAAAUUACGACAGAUACAUCACGAAUUAUGCAGGUUUUACAAAAGAAUGGAUAAAGGCCCAGGUCAUAAAGCACUGCCAGAGUAAGCAUGGAUCACAAUCUAAGAUGUACCAUCUCUCAAGCGCCAUUUUGAGCAAUCUGAUUAAAGAAGUGAAGAAAUCUGUGGACACUGUCACAAAACAAAUAGCCACUCCGACCACACUUUGGAAAUUCUCAGACAGCUUGGGGGAGUGUCUGCUCAAUCACAUCAUCAUUAAUAAGGAUUUCAUUGACAUAGUUGGGUCUUUGUUGUUCAAAGACACAAACAGUGUCAAGCAAUUUUCGGAAGAACUCAAGAGUUCGUUGGACUCUGCUGAAGGGGAAAUGUUACGAGGAUUCAGUGUCGCCAGUGACGCCGAGUGUGCGGCGUGGUUGAGUCGUCUCACUGUGCAGCCGCACAUCGAGCUCUACAAGAGCCUGGCUGGCUGUGAGAAGCAGUGUCCUUUCUGUGGGGUGCCUUGUGACCAGGGAGGCGGUGGACAUAGGGAGCACUGUUCGGUGCUGCAUUAUCCUUUGGGCCUUAAUGGAGUUCGGUUCAUAACAACUCAGAAGUUGUCUGUUGAAGUUUGCACAACAGCUGUUGCCAGCAAUAGGACAUACCGCUGUGCACGAUCAAAUGCGAGAUGUAUCCCCUACAAGGAAUACCGCACUAUCAAUGAUUACUUUGCCUCGUGGCUCAUUCAGUCGGACACCAGCCUGGAGGCCACGACUUUCUGGAAGAUCGUGUUCUGCAAAUACAAUGGGAAAUUUGCUGAAAGACAUAAGGCUUUGUCGGCAGAUAUUCCCGAUGCUUGGAAAGAGAUCAAAACAAAUAAAAAGAAGAUUAUGAAAGACUUAAAAAAAACAUUCUCACUAGCAUUGUGAAAGCAGUUGUUUUUGGAAAUACCGUAGACUCUGAUUAUCCACGCUCAUGACAAAGAGGACGGUUACAGAUCAUUAAAAAUUGCGGAUAAUCCAAAAAUAUUAACAUUUCCCAUGGAUAUGUUUGCCAAAAACCACGAAUAUACGAUUAAUCGAUGCGUGUUCUCAGUGAUAACACUUUCCUACUCCUGUGCAGAAGACUCGGCCCACGAAGCGAAUAUCAGAAACACGCCAAUCAUAAUCAAACUCUGCUCACUGUUGUCAAGAUACGGCAACUACUGUACUGUAGAGGGGUGAUCACGUGAAUAUCGGAUAAACCGGAACACAUAAUUGUUCAGUUUAAGCAUGUUACUUGUAAUAAAUAUUUCCAAGAAUAACAAUGUUGAACUGUUUUUAGAUGAUUAAUUUGGGCUUAAGGGAAAAUCCAUGAGUAAUUAAUUUAUGUCAAUCUCAGGUCCGAGGUUAAUCCACAAAUCAGAUCCCUGCAGUGACGACAACUUCAAAUCUAGAUUAAGACUGACAGAGAUAAGAUGUUUGCACUCGAAAUGUAUUGCUACAGAGAGUGACCAGCGUAGAAGUAAGACAAAGGUUGCAUACAGAAGAAGACCUGACGAUGCAGGCAGUGAUGAGAAGGAAACUGGAAUUAUUUGGACAGAUAUGUAGGAUGGAUAACAACAGGAAAAUGCAAAGUGUGUUGUUCGGAAAAAUGGAAGGAACCGGAAAGAUAGGGAGACCUAACAGAGAAUGGUUUCACAACACAAGAGGUGAUUGGUGCCAUAAAGAUGUGGCCACUACUUGAGAAUAUUUGCACAAGACGGAGGAAAGUGGAGACAAAUUACGAAAUGUGCAGUGGACAUCUCCGGGCUAUCUGCCCAUGGACUCUGAUGAUGAUGAUAAUGGUGAAGUCCAAAGACAGCUGGAUGGCAUUUUCUUCGACAGCUUCUACAUCACAUAGUAAUAGGUUUUUACCCUUUCAACUGGUACAAAAACUGACACCUUUAUACAAGGCAUCAUGUUUGCAAUAACCACAACACAAGCAGUCAAAAUGCAAACAUAAAGAAACAACUCUGAUGAUGAUAAUGAUAUGCACUGUCCUUGAAGUUGAUUGGUCCACACCCGAGACAGCUUUUCUUAGAGCCUAGUCUCCAUUGGUGUUGGACCAGAUGACGCCAAAAGGCGUACAACUCAAAGACAGCGCACUAUCAGAGUAUUGAGAGCUCGGGGUAAGCAUUUACACUAUGAGAUCUCUUUUACCAGUGGCAAAAUAUAGUAGUAGGUUUUUGUACCAGUUGAAAGGGUAAAAACCUAUUACUAUAUUUUGCCACUGGUAAAGGAGGUCUCAUAGAGCUUCUACAUCAGUGAAUGCCAGUUAAUAUUCGUGGUGGUGGUGAUGAUGGUGGUGUUGAUCAGCAUCAGAAUAUUUAAUUUAUUAUAUUAAUACUGGAGAAAUCCGAUGAGCUAUAAAGCUCUUUUUCACAGUCAUCACUUAUCUCAAGGUGAAGAUAAUUAGCCUCUGGCAGUGUUCGAAAAUAGUGGCACGAUAUUAAAUAAUUAGAAUAUAUAAUUUUCUUAGGCAGUGGUUCUUGGUCUUUACUGCAGCCUUGCACCCCUUUGGUUCUCAAUCGUAAACAAAUGUACGACGUUAAUAAACACAUAGAGGGUUUAAUGAAACAAAGUUGUUAUACUUGUGUGCCCGUGCUUUAUUUGUGUUUCGAUUAUUUACCGUCUAAAAAAAUCAGGUUAAGAACCACUGAUCUAAGGUAUGGGAUGGCUAUUUAUAUUGUACUCGCUUUACUACCCGGCUUCGCCCGGGACUUGGAUUCUUGUCUUGAAUUAAUGCACGGCCUACGCGAAGGGUGGGGGGGGGGUAUGCGUGACGUCAGCAGGCACACUGCGUGACGCUGCCGCAUGCGGGUGACAUCACAGAUGUGACGUCACAGAUGUGACCUCACAGAUGUGACGUCACAGAUGUGAUCUCACAGAUGUGACCUCACAGAUGUGACCUCACAGAUGUGAUGUCACAGAUGUGACGUCACAGAUGUGACGUCACAGAUGUGACCUCACAGAUGUGACCUCACAGAUGUGACGUCACAGAUGUGACGUCACAGAUGUGACGUCACAGAUGUGACGUCACAGAUGUGACAUCACAGAUGUGACGUCACAGAUGUGACAUCACAGAUGUGACCUCAUAGAUGUGACGUCACAGAUGUGACCUCACAGAUGUGACCUCACAGAUGUGACCUCACAGAUGUGACGUCACAGAUGUGACGUCACAGAUGGGACAUCACAGAUGUGACAUCACAGAUGUGACGUCACAGAUGUGACGUCACAGAUGUGACGUCACCGCUCACUUUCCGUGCAAAAUAUAUCCAUUAUUGCGCCCCGCCCCCUCCCCCCCUAAAAUACAAAAAUCGAUUUUUAUACUUUUUGCAUUGUGUACAGUCUGGAAACUACCCACAUGCAAAAUUUCUAGUUUUUUGCAUGUCGGUAAAUAUGCUAAAUAUUUCGAUCAGACACACAUAUUCACAAAUUUCUCUUUUAUAUAAAUAGAGAAACAAAGAGGAGGGAAAUACUGUUUCUCAAACACACAACAAUUGUACAGUAAUUAGAUUUUAUUAUGUUUGGACUCUGAGCAAAUGAAUCGAUGUAAAUAAAUACUCGUUCAUUGUUUUCUGACAGUUUAUGUUCUAGAGUGUAUUGCUAUUAAACUCCGUGAGAAGUAAACUUGAUUUAUUUAAUCCAUAUUUUCGGUUAAACUAUGCUACAUUCCAGGAUACUGUCUGGAACCUUAAGUAUUGUGCACGCUGUAAUGCUGUGUUAAGGGUCAGGUAAUUUUGAUCUGUAUAUUAUGAUUGCGAUCAAGCGGUGUUGCUUGUAUUCCAUGUGUGCCUAAUAAAGCCAGAAUUGUACCACGUAUUCUUCAAACCGCUGCUGAAUGCCUGCUGCUUUCAGGAUUUCAAACAAUCUCCCAAGUGUAACAGUGGGCUUACAUUUAGAAGAACACGUUCCUGAGAAAGUCAUGCAUCUAACGUCAAUCUCAAAUUUAAAGUUUCUAUUUAUUUAACAUGCAGAAUACAUUUCUAAUUAUAUGAACAAAGAAAAUUAUUAAAACAAAUCACCGCUUGCCAUGUGUUAGUGUAACAAAAAAAAUCAUACAAGGGUGCGGCCAUAUCUUUUUAAGAGUACAAUAGGCUCUCGAUUAUCCACGUGCAGUUUAUACGAUUUGAGGAUUAACAGCGCACCUGAGAUUUUGACAUAAAUUACUAACUCGUGGAGUUUUCGCUAAGCCCAAAUUAAUAAUCUAAAAACAGUGAUGUAUUGAUAUUCUUGGAAAUGUUUAUUACAAGUCACGAUCUUAAACUGAUCAAAUAUGUGCUCCUAUUAAUCCGAAAUCCCCGUGAUCGCCUCUACAAUACAGUAGUUGCCAUAUCUUUACAACAAUGGGCGGAGUUUGAUUGAUUUUGAUUGGCAUGGCUCUGAUAUAUACUACGUGGGCGGAGUCUUCUGCGCGGGAGCAGAAAAGUGUUAUCACUCAGCACACGCAUCGAUCCGUCAAUCGUUAAUAUUUGGCAUAGAAAUCCACGGAAAUUUUUAUAUUUUUGGAUUAUCCACAAUGCUGAAUUAUCUGUGGCCAUCCUCUCCGUCAUUAGCGCGGGUAAUCGAGAGUCUACUGUAUUAGAGAAACUGUAUUCGAGAAUGAACAUUCGUUUUCAUUGCAUUGGAAGUUUUGAAGCAGCACAAAUGAGAAAAAUCCAUAUUCGUCUAGAGCAUGCUCCAUAGAGGAUACAUGUGACAUUUCGGGAAUUGCUCUUCUCUUUGUACAAUUGGCUAACUCUGUCACUGAACAUCAAGUUAAACCAUCACACACCGAACUGAAUGAUUUUUUUACGAGAAGCAUUGCUGCACGCAGGUUACUACUCCUCAUACACACAAGCACACACACACAGGCACUGCCAACAUCAUCAAUGUGGCCACACUGCAAACAUUAUAAGAGGCAUCCGCUGGGAGCACGGAAUGGGCUGAGCAUCGCGUCAUUUAUGGACUCCAGCAAGGGUACAACAACGCACUGACUAAUGGGCAGGAUCUGGUGAAGAUCAAGGCCCUGGGGACUGCUCAGCUGAAACACACAAACAUCACUGGGAAUUGGGGUGGCUCACACCAUUGCGGGAGUUUGAGCCCUGAUUAGAUAUGGCAUUUCAGCCGUGGUGCUCACUCCACGAGGCACAAUGUGAUAUAGCAUGAGGGAAAUGCAAGCAAACAACGACACCAAUGGUUCAAUAUUGAUUUGAAGCUUUCGUGACUGCAGGAAUCCAUACUCUCCACCUAAUGAAGUUCGCUUGUGUUGCGAUCGAAACGUCGUGAUUUGUUUUAUUUUAUUUCUAACUACGUGACUUUACGUAGUUAGAAAAGAACCAAAGAGUAUGAAUACAAAUAAAUGGUUAUUGUGAUGCAACGCUAUUGCCUCUAAAAAUGCCUAAAUUGGAGAAACUCCAAAAGGCCCAAAUCCAAACCUCCUCUCGAGAGGUCCACGAGCCCAGACAACCAAAACAGCCAGCAAUGAAAUGAGAUCGAGUCCAGCCACAGGUUGGUUUUCUAUAGAUUAAUUCUCAACCUCACAAUAGAAACCGCAGUACAAUUUACACAAAGUCGCAGUCGUUUUUGCAGGCCAAAAUAAACUGAUUCCAGGACUAGGUUGAAAUUAUUCGUCAGUCUCAGAUGUAACGAUUCGAUAAACUACAGAUCAAUUUUGAUUUAAAGCUUUCGUGACUGCAGGGAUUCAUAUUCUUGGUUCUUUCGAUAAAGUUACGUAGAAGGGAAACAAUAAAAUAAUAAAAAAAAUAUAAAACAAUUAAAUUAUCACGACGUUUCGAUUGCAACACAAGCAAUCAUCAUGAGGUGUGAAAACCACAGCAAGGAAAUUUUAUUGUUUCCCUUCUACGUGACUUUACCAAAAGAACCAAGAAUAUAAACUACAGAUAGAUAAAAUGCAAAUUGACGGAUCUCAACCAAAGACACUUCCCAAGUUUAGAGCUAUGAAUACAGUA